AUGCUACACCCCCAGCUUUCGGCGCAUCAACAUUCUCUCCGUGACCCAAACACCUUCUGGUCGAGCCAUGCGGAUAGGCUCCAUUGGCACCACAAGCCAUCGCGGGCUCUCACUCGCCAGACCAAGACCCUAUCGAGUGGGGUUCAGCAUGAGCACUGGUCAUGGUUCCCCGAUGGUGAGAUCUCCACCACCUACAAUUGUGUAGAUCGCCAUGUGCACAAUGGCCAAGGCGACCAGGUUGCCAUCAUUUGGGAGUCGCCUGUAACCCACACGACGGAAAAAUAUACCUACCGACAACUACUAGAUGAAGUCGAGGUCCUUGCGGGCGUAUUGCGGGAGGAAGGCGUCCGAAGGGGUGAUGUGGUGAUUAUAUACAUGCCAAUGAUUCCAGCAGCAUUGAUUGCCGCACUGGCCAUCACGCGCCUGGGUGCCAUCCACGCGGCUGUCUUUGGUGGAUUCGCAGCGCAGUCUCUGGCGCAACGCAUCGAGGCGGCACGCCCGCGAGCGAUCAUGACUGCUUCGUGCGGCAUCGAAGGAGCCAAAGGGCCCAUUUCGUAUCGGCCGCUGGUGGAGGGUGCGGUUGAGGCCAGUCGUUUCAAACCUAGCAAGGUCAUCGUGUGGCAGCGCGAUCAGCUGCGGUGGAAUAACCCAGACAAGCUGGGCGGCCAGCGGAACUGGCAACGCCUGGUCAAAAGUGCACGCAUGCGGGGCAUCCGGGCGGAGCCCGUGCCUGUGAAGAGCACCGACGCACUCUAUAUUAUCUACACCAGCGGCACCACGGGACUCCCCAAGGGCGUUCUUCGUGAAGCAGGCGGCCACGCCGUCGGCCUCGAACUAUCGAUUCAGUCUAUGUUUGGGAUCAAGGGUCCUGGUGAUGUAAUGUUCUGUGCCUCUGAUAUCGGAUGGGUCGUGGGCCACUCGUAUAUUUUGUAUGCGCCGCUACUCGUUGGCGCAACGACAGUCCUCUUCGAGGGCAAGCCCAUCGGAACACCAGACGCAGGGGUCUUCUGGCGCAUUGUUGAGGCACACCGAGUCAACGCGCUAUUCACAGCACCAACCGCAAUGCGUGCCAUCCGCAAAGACGACCCGAACGACCGCUUUGUCGAGGAAGUCGGCAAACGCGGAGGUCUACAGUCCCUGAGGGCUUUGUUUCUAGCGGGCGAACGCAGCGAGCCGAGCAUCAUCCAAACAUACCAAGGAUUGCUGGGGAAGUAUGCUGCGCCUGGUGCGCUGGUUAUUGACAACUGGUGGUCGUCUGAGUCUGGAUCGCCCAUCUCUGGUCUGGCGCUGAACGGCGCCGCCUCCGUUACAGGGAAACCGUCCCCAAGAGCGGCCCAGCCACUCGCUGUUCGACCUGGAUCAGCCGGCCCACCAAUGCCCGGGUUUGAUGUGCGGAUAGUCGACGAUGACGGCGUCGAGGUGCCGCAGGGCACGAUGGGCAAUAUUGUCAUGGCGCCGCCACUGGCUCCCACGGCGUUCACGAGCUUGUUCCAGGACGAAGAGCGAUUCUAUGCCGGCUAUAUGAAACGGUUUACCGGGAAAUGGGUGGACACGGGCGACGCGGGCAUGAUCGAUGAUGCAGGCUACGUGCACAUUAUGUCGCGGUCAGACGAUAUCAUCAAUGUGGCAGCACAUCGAUUCAGCACUGGCGCCAUCGAGCAAGCCAUCCUCUCACACCCAGCCGUCGGCGAAGCCAGCGUCGUCGGCCUCCCUGAUUCCCUCAAGGGCUUUCUCCCCUUCGCAUUCAUCCAGCCGCGCCCCGGCACCUCGCCCCAAGAAACAUCCCUCCCCGCCACACCCACGCCCCAGCUCUUCGCCGAGGUCAAUGCCCUUGUCCGCGAACAAAUCGGCGCCAUCGCCUCGCUGGGCGGCAUGAUCCAGGGCCGUGGCAUGAUUCCCAAAACGCGGAGCGGGAAGACGCUGCGCCGGGUUCUGCGCCAGCUGGUUGAGCAGGCGGCGCGGGGCGAGUAUCAGGCCUCGGUGAGUGUGCCGCCGACGGUGGAAGAUUUGGAGGUGGUCGAGGUUGCCCGGAGGCGGAUUAGGGAGUAUUUUGAGAGGAAGGGGAAGGCGAAGUUGUAG